AUGAAAAACAAAUGGGAUCAACUGAAAAAAGAUUGGAAAAUUUGGAAGGAUUUAAAACAUGGUUCAACUGGUUUGGGUUGGGAUCUGGUAAAGCGAACCAUUGAUGCUUUAGAAGAGUGGUGGGCAGAAAGGCUCGCGGUGGUGCCCGCAGCGAAAAAGUAUAAAACUUGUAGGAUUGAACCCGAUUUGGAGGAGAAGUUAGACCUGAUAUUCGGGGGUGUCGUCACCACAAGAAAAUAUGCAUGCGCUCCCAGCGAGAUAGAAUUUGGUGAAAUACAGGACAAUGUUGCUAUCACCUUAUCAGAUGAUUCACCUGAAUUCCCAAGUUUGAGAGUUAAAAAAAAGGGUGGAGCUGAUUCUAUCAGAAACCAGAUAUCAUGCUUGAUGGAUUCUUCCGACGAUGCCCCCCAUAAAGUGCAGAAAACGUCAAUUAACGAGGUUGUGGCAAUUUUAGAGCAAGAUCUGAGUAUUGCAGAGGAUGAUGAGCUUUAUUACUUUGCUAUUGAGCUGCUUCAAGAUUCGGUGCAGAGAGAUUUUUUCACAGCAAUUGCCAAAGAGCGAAGGGUGUCGUAUCUACAACAUUUUUAUGAGCGCAGGAAAAUUUGA